CGCCUGGGCAGACCGCGAGCGACAGCGCCCCCGAGCAGCGCCCGCGCCCUCGGCGCUUUCUCCGCCCGGACUUCGAUCGAAAGACUCCCGCCCGCCACCCGGCCCUCGCCUCCCUGCCCACCGGGCCCACCGAGCCGCCACCCAGAGCCCACUACGCCCGGCCUGUCCGCUGCGCACCAGCUUGUUGGCGUCUUUGCCGCUGCGCUCGCCCCGGGCUACUCCUGCGCGCCACAAUGAGCUCCCGCAUCGCCAAGGCGCUCGCCGUCGCCGUCACCCUUCUCCACUUGACCAGGCUGGCGCUCUCCACCUGCCCCGCCGCCUGCCACUGCCCCCUGGAGGCGCCCAAGUGCGCGCCGGGAGUCGGGCUGGUCCGGGACGGCUGCGGCUGCUGUAAGGUCUGCGCCAAGCAGCUCAACGAGGACUGCAGCAAAACGCAGCCCUGUGACCACACCAAGGGGCUGGAAUGCAACUUCGGCGCCAGCUCCACCGCUCUGAAGGGGAUCUGCAGAGCUCAGUCAGAGGGCAGACCCUGUGAAUAUAACUCCAGAAUCUACCAGAACGGGGAAAGUUUCCAGCCCAACUGUAAACAUCAGUGCACAUGUAUUGAUGGCGCCGUGGGCUGCAUUCCUCUGUGUCCUCAAGAACUGUCUCUCCCCAACUUGGGCUGUCCCAAUCCCCGGCUGGUCAAAGUUACCGGGCAGUGCUGCGAGGAGUGGGUCUGUGACGAGGAUGGUGUCAAGGACCCCAUGGACGACCAGGACAGCCUCCUUGGCAAGGAGCUGGGAUUUGAUGCGUCCGAGGUGGAGUUGACGAGAAACAAUGAAUUGAUUGCAGUUGGAAAAGGCAACUCACUGAAGCGGCUCCCUGUUUUUGGAAUGGAGCCUCGCAUCCUAUACAACCCUUUACAUGGCCAGAAAUGUAUCGUUCAAACAACUUCAUGGUCCCAGUGCUCAAAGACCUGUGGAACUGGUAUCUCCACACGAGUUACCAAUGACAACCCGGAAUGCCGCCUGGUGAAAGAAACCCGGAUUUGCGAGGUGCGGCCUUGUGGACAGCCAGUGUACAGCAGCCUGAAAAAGGGCAAGAAAUGUAGCAAGACCAAGAAAUCCCCCGAAGCAGUCAGGUUUACUUACGCUGGAUGUUCGAGUGUGAAGAAACACCGGCCCAAGUACUGCGGUUCCUGCGUGGACGGCCGAUGCUGCACGCCCCAGAUGACCAGGACUGUGAAGAUGCGGUUCCGCUGUGAAGAUGGGGAGACAUUUUCCAAGAACGUCAUGAUGAUCCAGUCCUGCAAAUGCAACUACAACUGCCCACAUGCCAAUGAAGCCGUGUUUCCCUUCUACAGGCUGUUCAAUGACAUUCACAAAUUUAGGGACUAAAUGCUAUUUGGGUUUUCAGUGUGCACCUGGACAAACAAGGGAGAAGAGUGUCAGAAUCAGAAUCAUGGAGAUAAUGGGUGGGGGCGGUGUGGGUGAUGGGACACAUUGUAGAAGGGAUGCCUUGCUUAUUCUUGAGGAGCAUUAAGGUAUUUCGAAACUGCCAAGGGUGCUGGUGCAGAUGGACACUAAUGCAGCCACGAUUGGAGAAUACUUUGCUUCAUAGUAUUGGAGCACAUGUUACUGCUUCAUUUUGGAGCUUGUGGUGUUGAUGACUUUCUGUUUUCUGUUUGUAAAUUAUUUGCUAAGCAUAUUUUCUCUAGGCCUUUUUCCUUUUGGGGUUCUACAGUCGUAAAAGAGAUAAGAUUAGUUGGACAGUUUAAAGCUUUUAUUCGUCCUUUGACAAAAGUAAAUGGGAGGGCAUUCCAUCCCUUCCUGAAGGGGACACUCCAUGAGUGUCUGUGAGAGGCAGCUAACUGCACUCUAAACUGCAAACAGAAAUCAGGUGUUUCAAAACUGAAUGUUUUUAUUUAUCAAAAUGUAGCUUUUGGGGAGGGAGGGGAAAUGUAAUACUGGAAUAAUUUGUAAAUAAUUUUAAUUUUAUAUUCAGUGAAAAGAUUUUAUUUAUGGAAUUAACCAUUUAAUAAAGAAAUAUUUACCUAAUA